GAAACCAGAGAAGUUUUCUCUCAGAAAAACCUGAGAGAAAAACUCUGUACAGAUUCUUGCCCUUCUUCCUCCCUCUCUUCUUCAAACGAUCCCCACAUUGAAUUUCCUCAAUAUAAAUCAUACCCAUUUCAUUUUUUCUCAUAAAAACCAAACCCAUUUCAUUUUUUUUUCCUCAACCCCAUUUAUUUCUCCGGCCACAAUGGCCAUUAAUACCGGAAGACUAAGAAACAGAGCACCGAAGGUGUCUGUUUCGCACUCUGUUUUCCCCUGUUUUCAAUUCUCCUUCUCCUUCUUCUUCCUCUCUGUUCUACUGAGUCCUGGUCGAGUUUCAGGCCAAACGUCACCAGUUUUUGCCUGUGAUGUGGCCAACAAUCCUGAACUCGCCGGGUUCGGAUUCUGCAACAAGUCAUUGGCGAUCGAAGCGAGGGUGGGGGAUUUGGUGAAGAGACUGACUCUGCAAGAGAAGGUAGGGAAUCUGGUGAAUUCUGCGGCGAAUGUGAGCAGACUCGGGAUUCCAAAGUAUGAAUGGUGGUCCGAGGCACUUCAUGGAGUGUCUAAUGUGGGCCCAGGAACUCGGUUUUCAAGUUUGGUUCCUGGAGCUACCAGUUUUCCGAUGCCUAUUCUCACUGCCGCUUCUUUCAACUCGUCUCUGUUUGAGGCCAUUGGAAAGGUGGUUUCAACAGAAGCAAGAGCAAUGUACAAUGUGGGAUUAGCUGGUCUAACAUAUUGGUCUCCAAACAUCAACAUAUUUAGAGAUCCAAGAUGGGGAAGAGGCCAAGAGACUCCCGGAGAAGACCCCUUGCUCGCCAGUAAAUACGCGACUGGGUAUGUUAAGGGCUUACAACAAAACGAUGAUGCCGAUUCGAACAAGCUCAAAGUUGCUGCUUGUUGUAAGCACUACACAGCUUAUGAUUUGGAUAAUUGGAAGGGUGUUGAUCGCUACCACUUCAAUGCUGUGGUGACACAACAAGAUUUGGAUGACACUUUCCAACCACCAUUCAAGAGUUGUGUGAUUGAUGGGAAUGUUGCUAGUGUCAUGUGCUCCUAUAACCAGGUUAAUGGGAAGCCAACCUGUGCAGAUCCUGACCUUCUUAAAGGAAUUAUUAGAGGCCAAUGGAAACUAAAUGGGUAUAUUGUUUCAGAUUGUGAUUCAGUUAAAGUGCUUUUUAAUGACCAGCACUAUACAAAGACUCCUGAAGAAGCAGUAGCCAAAUCCAUUCUCGCAGGCUUGGACUUGAACUGUGGGGAUUUCUUAGGGAAAUAUACAGAAAAUGCAGUGAAGCAAGGGCUUGUGGAUGAAGCAUCCAUAGACAAAGCACUGUCCAACAACUUUGCCACUUUGAUGAGGCUUGGUUUCUUUGAUGGUGACCCAAGCAAGCAGGCUUACGGAAACCUUGGUCCCAAGGAUGUGUGCACUGAAGCGAACCGAGAACUCGCUCGAGAAUCUGCGAGGCAAGGGAUUGUUCUGCUCAAAAACAGUCCAGGAUCACUACCUUUUGAUGCCAAGACCAUCAAAUCUCUAGCAGUUAUUGGACCCAAUGCUAAUGCCACUAGGACCAUGAUUGGAAAUUAUGAGGGCAUCCCUUGUAGCUACACUUCACCAUUGCAAGGGCUAACAGCACUGGUUUCUACAAGUUAUGCUGCUGGUUGUGCUGAUGUGCAAUGCGCGAAUGCAGAGCUAGACGAUGCGAAGAAGAUUGCAGCUUCUGCAGAUGCAACUGUGCUUGUUGUGGGAGCAAGUUUGGCCAUAGAGGCAGAGAGCCUUGACAGACUCAACAUUCUUCUUCCAGGGCAGCAGCAACUUUUGAUCAGCGAGGUUGCAAAUGUGUCUAAGGGACCUGUGGUUCUUGUCAUCAUGUCUGGUGGAGGCAUGGAUGUGUCCUUUGCCAAAAGUAAUGAUAAGAUCACAAGCAUUUUGUGGGUUGGUUAUCCUGGCGAAGCCGGUGGUGCUGCCAUAGCUGAUGUCCUUUUUGGAUUUCACAAUCCAAGCGGGAGAUUACCUAUGACAUGGUACCCACAAUCCUAUUUAGAUAACGUACCAAUGACCAACAUGAACAUGAGGCCCGAUCCAGCCACAGGGUAUCCUGGGAGAACAUAUAGAUUUUAUAAGGGAGAAACUGUAUUUUCUUUUGGAGAUGGAAUAAGCUUCUCCAAGUUUGAACAUACACUAGUUAAAGCGCCAGAAUUGGUGUCUGUUUCCUUAGCAAAUGAUCAUCCUUGCAAAUCUAGUUCCUCGGAGUGCAAUUCACUUGAUGUUGCCGAUGAAGAACACUAUUGCUCAAACUUGACUUUUGAUGUUCAUCUAAUGGUGAAGAACAAGGGCAAAAUGAGUAGUGGACACACAGUGUUAUUGUUCUCUAGCCCUCCUGCUGUACACAAUGCUCCUCUGAAACACUUGUUGGGAUUUGAGAAAGUGCAUUUGGCAGGAAAAUCAGAAGGGUUGGUUAGGUUUAAAGUGGAUGUUUGUAAGGAUUUAAGUGUGGUUGAUGAAGCUGGGAAGAGGAAAGUUGCCUUGGGACAACAUUUGCUUCAUGUGGGAGACUUGAAACGUGUCUUGAGCGUGAGGGUUUGAUAUAAGUUUUCAAAUCCUCACUACUGACUUUUUCUCCCCUUUUUCUUUCUUUGCUUUUUUUUUUGGAAUAUACUCUCAUUGCUUACAAGGGUUUACUUGGAUAGUUGGGAUGAAUUGGAGAUAAUUGUAUCGAAAUUAUUUGAUUUUUUUUUCCAAUUAUUAAUACUAAAAAAAUGUCAAAUUUAUCAAAUGAAUGUGUUUCUGCUUA